AUGUCUUUCAGCGAUACGGAAUGUUCGCAUCGCUCUUCAUUAGCAACUGUUCAUCGAGUGCCAGCAAAUAGUUCGUCGCAAUUAUCACGAACAAUCUCUAUACAUGAUGUCGUAUCAAACCAUGAAACAGCAGAAUUAUUUCUUGAAUUUCUUAUGAGUUCAUCUCAAACUGCUUCACUUGGUGCUGUUUAUGCAAUUGUACUAGUACUUAAUGAAAAAAAAGAUGAUGUAAAUCAGUUACAUGAUAUUGGACGAGCUGCUUAUAAAACGUACAUUGAAAAUGAAUCUAUUUUACCUUGGUUGCCGCCACAACGACGUAUGGAAUUGCGUGAAACAUAUCGUCGUAAACAUUUUGAUGAACAUUUUUUCGAUGGUGUCCUCGAUGAUCUUCUUAGUUAUAUUGAAAGUCAGACAGAUGUAUUUCGACAAUUUCUUAAUUCACGUAUUUGGAAUGAAUAUCGACGUGGAAAAUUUACAAAAAAUCAUGCACAAGUUAAAUCAACAUCAACACUUGGAAAUACGAGUAGUGGAUAUCAAAAUGAAAAUAAUGAAUUUAAACGUUUACGUAAACUUCAUUCGUCAUCAUUAUCAUUACAAACGAAAACAAAAUCACACGAUCGUCAUCUUCAUAAUCGAAGUGCUCGCGUUGAAUCUACAUCAAUUAAAAAAACUCGUGUAGCUUAUUUCUUACCUGGCAGUGAUACACCAUUUGUUAUACAAGUAGCUGUACCGCCUGAAUCUAUUGUCCUUAACGAUAUUCUUCCACGUUUACAUACAUCAUCGAAAAAUCAACGCAAUGGUAUCAAUACAAAUACGCCAUUUGAUUAUUUUGUUAAACAUCGAGCUUCAAAUGAAAAUUGGCUUGGUGGUGAUACACAAUUUAUUAAUGAAAAAGUUGAAGAUUUUGAUAUUCCCCUGCCGAAUAUUGAUGGUACGGUGGUAAUCAGAAUACUUAACAAUAGUUAG